GUCCAAACUGGAAGGUUGUUGGCGCACGCAAUUGAAGCGGCGCACUCCGGGUAAACGCGGCUGGCGGUAAACGGACGUGUGUCUUUCUGCUGAGGGCAGUCAUGUUUCUCCAGUAUUACCUCAACGAGCAGGGCGAUCGCGUUUAUACACUGAAGAAAUUUGACCCUAUGGGACAACAGACUUGCUCGGCCCAUCCUGCUCGGUUCUCUCCAGAUGACAAAUAUUCAAGACACCGAAUCACCAUCAAGAAACGCUUCAAGGUGCUCAUGACCCAGCAACCGCGUCCUGUCCUCUGAGGGCUCGUUAACUUUUAUGCUGCUCAUGCCUCGGCCGAUUAUCAGCAACCAAACGCGUCAAUCUGUAAGCCUUGAAGCCUUCCCAUGCUGUUCGGAAUCCUAUCUCACUCACCACGUGAAUGAGUCUAUACUGAUGGGCCUCGCCUGUAAAAGGAACAAUAUUUUUCUUUCUUUUUUUUUUUUUUAUGCCAGGUUAUUAAAGAUACAGUGAAUUGAAAGUUCA